UCGGGGCCGCGCCCAGCUGGUCCGUCGGGGUGUCCGCGCGGCGCCUGCGUCCCUCACUGCACCCGUAAAUGCAUUAAUUGGAGUCACCUGUCUGCGCAGCGUCGCUAAUAAUCGGCGGAGCUUUGCGUGCUGGGUUCACGUGGCCACCUGUUACACAUUUAUUUAUUUAACGUAUUUUACCGACGUCACAGCGGGACGUCAGGCGAAUACGGGAGUCACGAGACAGCGGUGGGCAACUCACCUGUCCACAGGUAAACAACCGGAGAGCUACAGGAAGGGACAAAAUGAGUAACCCCAUCCCAUCCAACCUAAAGUCGGAGGCGAAGAAAGCCGCAAAGAUCCUGAGAGAUUUCACUGAGAUCUCCAACAGGAACGGACCAGACAAACUGAUUCCACCUCAUGUGAUCGCGAAGGCCGAGGGUCUGGCCAUCAUCUCCGUCAUCAAGGCCGGCUUCAUGAUCACGGCCCGCGGAGGCAGCGGCAUCGUCAUCGCCCGCCUGGCGGACAGACGUUGGUCUGCACCUUCUGCCAUUGGCAUCGCUGGUCUGGGAGGAGGCUUUGAGAUCGGAGUGGAGGUGUCGGACCUGGUCAUCAUCCUGAACCAGCGGAGGGCCAUAGAAGCCUUUACAAAAGGGGGGAACCUGACGCUUGGAGGGAACUGCACCGUGGCCGUGGGGCCUAUGGGCAGGAACGUGGAGGCUGACGUAGCUCUGCGCAGCACCGCCGCUGUUUUCACCUACUGCCGCUCCAGAGGCUUGUUCGCUGGGAUCUCCCUGGAGGGUUCGUACCUGAUCGAGCGCAAGGACACCAAUCGCAAGUUUUACGGCCAAGAAAUCCGUGCAUCAGCCAUUCUGAAUGGUGAUGUGGAGCCACCCUCCGAAUGCUAUGACCUCUACCACAUCCUUGACGUCUAUUCUGAGGCCUACACGUCUGAGUGGACCAGCAAGAACAUGGGCAGGAAGACGUCGUCCGCACCCUCCAGGCCUCCGCCCAUGCAGAAAGCUGCCUCCACUUACCAGAAACCACCCAGUGACAACGCUCCAAGGCCAGGAAGUAAAAACGUCCUUUACCCGAGACUCUCGACCUACGAUUCCAAAGCCUCAGCUGGAGGAGCGUCAGCAGGUGAGGCCAGCGGGAAGCUGGUCGUCACGGCGACACAUGCGUUCACGGGGCAGCAGCCCGGUGACCUGAGCUUUGCCCCCGGUGACAGAAUCACAGUAGUGACGAAGACCGAGUCUCAGUACGACUGGUGGGAAGGGCGCCUGGAGGACGGGCAGGUCGGCAUCUUCCCUGCCAACUUCGUUACGUAUUGAGUCCCAGUGAGAAGCGCUUUGCCAGCGUUUAAGGUCUGCACAUCUUUUACAGAGUGAUUUCUGUAUUUUCCUUCCAAGCAGAGCUGCCGAGUAGCCUUUUAUAGCAGCACAAAUACGCUAGUGUUUCAAAGUCGGAGAAACAAAUGUCAGCUGAGCUGAAGGUUUGGACCAGCUGUUUACGAGUUUUAUGGAAAGUGAAUCUGCACCAUGUACACUGGGACGGGAAAGCACUUUCAAGCAGCAUGAUGCUUCACCUUAAGGACACUGUUGGUUUCACUGUUCAGAUGUUCAGAGCAUCCUCUUUAAUCUGUUACGGUUCAUGUACGGUGGCAUGGGAUUCAUGAGUACACUUACUGAGACAUAUUUAAUAUAUGAUGACUUUGUUUUAUGAUCAAAUGGUAUUUUGGUAUGUUUUCAUUUAAAGCUGUAAAAGAAUCAAAUUAAUCAAGUUAAUAAAGAUUUUUAUGUAUUUAAGCAAAUUGUCAAAUUUUGAUAAUCUUUAGGUUUGAUGGGGCUAAGAGGGUUUUUCUUCAGGUUCUGUCAGAGACUGGUUCAUAGCCUUCAGAUGGGAAAUGAUGAUUAUGAUCAUCUACAGUUUUCAACUGUGAGUCCUAGUUUUUAAAAGCAAGAUUUUUUUUUGUAAUGAAUGAAAGUGAAGCUUUGUGAUGUCAGUGAAGCUGCAGUUGGUUCUUUGUCCUGCAGAGGGAGCUGCUUUAACCUAAAAGUGUCACACUGGCGGCUGUUUUUGCAUAUUUACUUUUGCUGAACUCUUCAAACCAGGGCCUGAAUGUUUUAAUCAGUUUGAGUUUGUUUCAUUUUAAACUAACAAGUUAAUGGACAGAUUAACUAUCGUCUUCACAUGAUUCAGUGAAUCCGUCCACGAUCGCCCCGUUUCCUUUUUGUUUCUUUCCUUUUAUUGCACCAAUUCCAAUCAAAAAUCUCUUACAGUUUGGGCAUAAUUGGGGCAGUGUCGAAAAGAGGAGGUGUUUGGGUUGAGUCUGUUUUGCCAGUGAUGUGAUGAUACCAGCACCUCCUCGUCUGAUCUUCCCUGUUCAUGCUCUCUCACAUGUUUGGUCUCUAACAGCAAAACCAGAACAAACACCACACAUUCCUAAUCAGAGGUGGGACUGUGGCGGCAUGUGUCAUCUCUCCUCUGCUUCCUGAAACACAAAAAAUGAUUCACGUCACGUGUUUCACAGAUUCCUGAAGGUUUGACCUUUAGUCUAUUGACUAAAAUCUCUGGCACCUCUGGAUCUGUUGCUCGUUAAACUGCGUUUGUCAGUAAUUUAAAAAGCUGUACCUCAGUAAAGCAUUUAGUGUUUUGA